AUGGCAUCUGGUAACGACUCAAAGGUGGUUUCCGCUGUUCGUACGAUGGAUUUUGCGGAAUUUAUUGCUUAUUUGAAGGAGAACAAAGAAGCAUUUAGUGACGCUAGAGUAUCCCCCCAUUCUACCACUGGAACGAAGCGUCAAACCAUGCAAAAGAAUAAAGCAACUGCGGAUGGUUCCAGCAUUCUAAAGCCCAAAAAACAGAAGUCUCACGUUGAUGGAAAAGUCUCUACGCUGGAUUCAUUCGUUAUAAAGGUGCAAUCGCUAAGGUCUUCAACAGCGGAUGUUUCCUAUGACACGGAGGAGUCUGCUUCAGUGAGCGCAGAUAAUUUGGCAGAUUUCGCAAAAGCAUCACCGAUGUCCUUAAAAACGCUAGAAGUAGCAUCUCCAACAAUGAGUGGGGAAAGCGAGGAUCUACUAGCUUUUGGCAUAAUAAGAUCGCAAAUAGAUACCAAUAAACGCAGGCGUUUGUCUCUACGGGAUGACAAAUCGAGACUGAAUGCUUCUGGUUUACGUGAAUCAAAGAGGAGGAAAACUUGUUUUAAAGAAGAAAAUCAUGUAAAUGGUUCGGUUGGCGCGGAGAUUAGGUCGCCGAGGAACCCCUCCUCUACAGGAACUCCUAUUCUGAACGUUACUAAUGGAGUCUGGCGUUCUGUCGUUCCGUCGAUAUUCUCAAAUACUUCUGCAACAUCUAUAAAGCCCACUAGCGGAUCGUCUCGAAUGUCGAGAAAAAUAAUCGAAUCGUGUUGGGCGUCACGCAUUGCCAAGCCUUCCCGAAAAGAUUCUCUCAGAAGCUCCUCUAGGCCACCCGUUGCGAACAGUAAAGUACCCAAAAAUAAAAUUGAUGUAGUUAUGAUGGAACCUUGUCCGUACCUCAUUUUUGGACCCACAGGUUGCGGCAAAACUUCCCUUGUCUAUGCACUUGCUACGCAAUAUGGAUACAAGGUGUUUGAAGUAAAUCCGUCGUCUUGUCGUUCUGGAAGAGAAGUGACAUCCCAAUGCUCACCUGUUAUGGUAUCUCAGCACGUUUCCACGGAAGCCUUAUCCGCGUCCUCUAGUGCCUCUGACUUAUCAAAAGUCUCGAUUUUGAGUUCCGACAAGGCUAUGUUUCAGUCACGAAAAUCGACACUUGACCCCUAUUCCCUACCCAAUAAGCGACCAUCUUCACGAAAUACCUCUCAAUUAGAUUCCUUGGAGCGCGGUGCGUCUGAAGGACUAAAACUUAUCAACAAAUCGUUGAUUCUUUUCGACGAUGUUGACGUGCUCUUCGACGCUGACCGAGGAUUCUGGCAUGCGGUGGGCAAACUCCUUCAAAUGGGUCGUCGACCGAUCUUCUUCACCGCUUCCGAUCCCUCUGUUCUUCGUAAAAUUCCGGUUCCCUACCAAACUUGCAAACUUCUGCCUCUCGCGUCGUCGGCCCUAGCAAAGCCCAUUCUGCAACGCAUUUGUGAUUCUCGAGGUCUCAUUCUAACUGAUUCGCUAAUGCUAGCUUUAACUCGUCGUGAUGACGAGGACUGUAACUUUGAUAUGCCUGAUUGUAUCUCCUCCACUGCCAAAGAAGUAGUUAACAGUCGAGAAUUCUCGAACAUUCGGCAGUCGAUUGAGAGUACUAGAACAAGUGGUUACGAUCUCAUGAAUGCCUGCAACAGCACAUUCCAUCGUCUUUUCAGUCUUUCCUUCGCUAUUCCUCGGAUUUCCUCUCAAGGUCCUGCAAAAUCAACUGGCAAUGAAUUUGUGGAUGUUUUUGCCUCUGAUGUCGAAGAAAAACCUUUGGUGUCUGAAGAACAUGAAAAACAGUUGAAAACGUCGAAUGUCGUAAAACUUCCGUUACCUCAAUGCAAGAAGCUGUCAGCCGACGUGCUCUCAGAACUCUUUCGUGCAACUGAAUCGCAGGCUCUUUUGGACAUGUGUUCAGCAGUUAGCGGUCGAAAUGAAAUCUCCCGAGGGAUAGAAUCCCUGCCUUUGGAUAUUACAUCGUCUUCAAAUCUGAUGACCGUCUUCGGGGAUGUCUGUUCUGCGCCCCUUUCUGGCAUCGAUCCAGUGGGCAUCAGUGGCACCUUCGCUUGCGAGGAAGAAUGGCGUCGACUCCUACAUUUAACCACUUUGCAUAACCUCACACGUUUGGAGGAGCGGCUACUUUCUCUUCCUGUGGAUUCCGAAAGUCUCUCCUUCGGCAGCUAUAUAGACGAACGCUCAGCUAAGGAUUAUUUUUCUUCUGUAGUUUUCGACAAGGCUGUCGGCACUCUGGCUAGCUUAAGAGCCUUCAACGAGGAAAGGAAGUCAGGAGACUGCUUUUUCCAGAGGGAAUCCGCACUGGAUUUUCUACCAGCCUUGAGGAGCAUCGGCAGAGCGGAGUCGCGUCGAAAGAGCUCAGCUACCAGGAGACGGUUCUUCCACUACUUUGACCAGAUUGGUUUGCGUCUGCCGCAGGAUGUUCGCAAAUUUCUAUCCCAAUAG